ACUCCAAAAAGCAACAUGAAGCUGUUCCUCGCUGUUUUGGCUUUGGCCGUCGCCUCCGCCACCGCUCUGCCCAAGAAGCCCGUGCGCCCGGUGCCCGUUAAGGACGCCAUCCUGGGAUCCGGAUCCGGUUCGAUCGAGGGCCGCAUCACCAAUGGAUACCCAGCCUACGAAGGCAAGGUGCCAUACAUUGUUGGUCUGGGCUUCAGCAGCGGCGGCGGCGGAUGGUGGUGCGGUGGCUCCAUCAUUGGCAACUCCUGGGUGAUCACUGCUGCUCACUGCACCCACGGUGCUGACUCCGUGACCAUCUACUACGGUGCCCUGUGGCGCCUCCAGGCCCAGUACACCCACACCGUCGGCAGCGGCAGCUUCCGCCAGCACGAGCACUACAACACCAACAACCUGAACAACGACAUCUCCCUGAUCAACACCCCUCACGUUGAUUUCUGGCAUCUGGUCAACCGGGUUGAGCUGCCCAACGGCAACGAGCGCUACAACAACUUCGAAGGCUGGUGGGCUCUGGCUUCCGGAUGGGGUCGUCCUUGCGACAGCUGCGGUGUGUCUGACUACCUGAACUGCGUCGACUCCCAGAUCAUCAGCCGCAACGAUUGUGCUGGUGUGUACGGAUCCGAAGUUGUCACCGACAAUGUCAUCUGCACUUCCACCCCUGGUGGCAAGUCCACCUGCGCUGGUGACUCUGGCGGUCCCCUGGUUAUCCACGACGGAAACAAGCUUGUCGGUGUCACCUCCUUCGUGGCCGCCAACGGAUGCACCUCCGGCCUGCCCGAUGGUUUCACCCGUGUCACCAGCUACUUGGACUGGAUCCGCGACCACACUGGCAUUUCCUACUAAAUUAGAUUUAUUUCUUUUUUGAAAUAAAAUUUUUAGAAUAAAAUUA